AUGAGCAUUUUUUACGUGAAUAUUUUUUUCGACCUUUUUUCGGCUAAAAUCAGCAGGGUGGUAGUAAUCAUUGGUCUUGGGUUGAGCUUUGGAUCUGUGAUGUUGAUCAACUUGUACAAGCACUUCUUCAAGAGACCACCAUCACUAUCACCGGCAGAUUCACCACAAACUGCUGAUGCAACUGAACCACUGGACUACUUGGAUGCAAUUGAUGAGGUUGAUUUGAUGAAGUUUAAACUGGCCACUGAUGAUCAAAUCUGUGAAAUUCUUCUGAAGCCUCCGUCUCAAUUAUCAAUUUCAACUGAUGAAUGCGAAUAUAACGAAGCAAAGUGUAUGAAGUAUGAAGACGACGGCCUGACCAUUUCAAGGACCAGUGCAGCACCAACCAACAUCUCAUCAUCAUUAUUUCCAACGUUUCUCUACGACUCAACGAAUGAAUCUCAAGAGGGCCACACACACAAUGAGAACGAGAUGUCAUCAGACGAUAAUGACGAGUGUGGUGAUAGUUAUCAUAAAAGUGACGCGGAUAAUGAUAAUGAUGAGUCCCUAGAUGCCGCCUCCAUUCACUGCCACACCUCCUUCCAUGAUGACAUCUACAGGGAAAUGUCACUCUCAUCGUGCAAACAACUUUUCAAGUGCACACGACGACCAUCGUCUUCAACAAUCGCCAGCUCACCAAUGAUCAACAAAAACUUCAACAACAUCAAAACUUCUCACGAAGACACCAACAUUAAUGAACUUUCCUUAAAAUCCAAUCUUGUGUCCGACCUGGAUGGCUCUUCGUUUAGAUGGGGACAGAGUUUGAGUGACACCUCACCAAUCUCCACUGCAGACCUCACACUGUUGAACAUCCUGUUGGAAGGACCAAGCAAGCUGUUCUUUGAUUCCUCGGACAUAACUGAUCAGCUGGAUGUCAUUGAGAGGGAUCUGGGAAAAUUAAAACUGGAAACAAAUGAGCUAGUUGAGGUGUUUGAAAUAUUUAAAAAGAAAGCUGUUUAUGACGAGGACGUGAAAAUUAAUAACCCAGGCAUUAAUUAUGGCGAUGUCGAUGCUGAUUGCAUUGACGCUGAUCACAGUACUAAACAGGCAACUAUUGCAGUCAGACCAUAUGUUUCAACACCAAAAAGCUUUCCCCACACAACAGAACACAAAUUGACAUUAGUCCAAGACCACCACCGCCACCCGAUACUGGCGACGUGCAGGAGGUUGCUUCCCCAACCACCAUCAACACACACUUUACCGAAUUUCAAUGAUCAGGGCACGAUCUCAACCAGAAUUUCAAAUGGCACAUCGAAUCAUAACAGCCUCAGAUCAGAAGAGGCAUUCACCUCAGAGGAACAUUCAAGUGACGAUUCCCUCAGUGUUGUUGAGGAUGUUGAAGAUGUCAUGUUUGAUGAGUGGGACUACGGUGAGGAGCUAGGUGGUGAUGAUGAGGGGGACUUCACUCUCCUCUUGUCACCAGACUUUCGUGUUCAACAGCUGCCGAAACAAACUCCCCCCGGCAGAGAUGAACGUGAUUGGUUGAUGUGUAGAAGCGAUGGUGGUAGCGAUACUGACGACUGCAGUAAUGAGGUUGGUGAGGAUGGUAAAGAUGAUGGUUUCAAAAAGUUUUUACUUUUGAAAUCUUCCAGUGCAUCAACGCACGUCGUUCCGGCAGAAGUAUAUUAUGAAAAAAACGAGAUCGUAAGUGAAGUAGUGUGAAUAGAAGUAUCAGUGAUGGGGGUGGGAGUGCCAGUGUAAGUAUUGGAAGUGUUCGUUUACUGGUCAACAGUCUUCAGUGAAAUUUUUCUCACAUCAUCAGCCGAUAUCUUAAAUGUUUUGUUCGCUAUCAUUUGAAUUGUUAGGACAAUUACGUGCGUAUCUUCACAAUGAAUAACCAGAUUCCUAUCUGUAUAUAUGUCCCUUUUAAGUACAUUUUUAAUGUGUAUCUUCAUUCACGAGACACUUUGUCAAUGGUUAAACAUUCCCUCAUGUCUAUCUUUCUAUUCAUCUUCACUGGCUUUCUAAAGGGUUAAUUAUGGAAUGAUAUACGUUAGUUUUACUACUGCUGGUUUAAGUUUUUUCAUUGUAAACUCUUUAUAGAGUUAUAUAAUCCACAUUUUUGUAUCCAUGCAUCUUGUACGUAUUGGCUUGUAGUAGUGAAGAAUAAUCUUCCCUUAUUUCUUUGGAAACGAAUGUAGUUAGCCGUCGUAUCGACUGACUUUCUUCUGUUUCUGCGAUAACUCAAUUUGCAUGAAAACAAUCAUCUCCAUCAACGUCACAUUCACGCCCAUCUGCCUUUAUUUUUCUUACAACUGCAGUAUUAUUAUUAUUAUUAUUAUUAUUAUUAUUAUUAUUAUUAUUAUUAUUAUUAUCAAACACCUAUAAAGCGCCUAUGAAAAUAAAUAUCUCUCAAAAGCAAGCGCCAUCGAAAAAAGAAAAAAUAAUAAA